AUUCUUAUUAUAGGUAUCACGAUAUGGCAGAUGUUAUCGACUUUCUUGUGCUGCGUCAACAUUACGACAUUUCAAUGCAGCGUGAUUGGAAGGCGGGUGACCGGUUCCGCGCAAUGAUUGAUGAUGCAUGGUGGCUUGGAACGAUUGCAUCCCAAGAACCAUUUCAAGAAGACUAUCCAGACAGCAUGUUUCAGUGUUUUAAUGUGAAUUGGGAUAAUGGAGAAAAAGAAAAGAUGAGUCCAUGGGAUCUGGAACCUUUGGAUGAAGACAAUUUAACCUCAACAAUAGCAUAUUAA